AUGGAGACUGCCGGUGAUGCCGCCAAGGAUGCCGUCGCUGGUCCCGCCGUUGCUGAUGUCACUGAUGCUGUCGUUGAUGCCAUCGAGCCUUCAGCUGCCCGAGCACUCGAGCGAACGCCCUACGAGAUUUGGCUCCACGUGUUCAAGCAGCUCGACGAGACCUACUCCAUCCGCUCGCUGAGUCUGAGCUGCCGACUCUUCAAGAAGAUCCACGACGACAACCCCCAAGCUAUCUACGGGCCCCUCGCCCUCCGCCUCACAGAAGAAACCACUGGAAUCGCCUCCCUGGGCCUGGCUAACGCGGCAAUGAGGGUUAUGGCGGCCCGUAUGGUGGUGGAGCCCAGGCACUCACGCGGUUGGCGCUACCGCUCGACCGCGUACCAUCAAAGCGAAUUCGCAGCUGGUAGCGAAUGGGGUGGCGAUUGGGUGCCUUGCGUGUCGCAGUUCCGGCUGAUGGGUGACACCUUGCUGCCCAUAAUCAUUCACAACGCCCAACAAGCCAUUCGUUUGCUGAGGAAUUCUGGUCUCGUCGACUGCCAUCCGACCGCAGAGGACCUUGUGAUGAGCAGAGAGGACUUCCUCGGCAUGAUGAAGCCGCAGCUGAUACCGAGAAUCCAAUAG